UCAGGAUUCCCUUUUUGAUCCUGCAGGAAACUUGAUAAACAAGACUUCCUACGGAAUUUGGAUCACAAUUGGCAACUAUACCUAUCUCCUUGGAAACAAGCCGAUGACGUGGCUCUCCAGCUUUAAACAGUGCAGCGCUUUAGGAAUGGAAACUCUCAACAUUGAUAACGCGGCCGAGCAACUUGGGCUUACUAACAUGACAAAUGUUUACAAAGACAAAUGGAAGGCCAAUUUCAAUUACUGGACGUCCGGCAAGAUAAAUAAGGGCUCUCCGGAGCGUCAGUGGUCAUUUUGCGAGUCCACGGGACCCACAAUUUUCGCCCCUGGACUCAAGUGGGAAGCUGGCCAGCCCGACAACACCGGCGGGAGCGAAAGUUGUGUCCACUUUCGCUUUGUUCUUAACGACACAGGCACCACCAUGAGUGACAGGAAUUGUACUAACAAAUACAUUUUCGCCUGCAAGAUGCAGAUAGAAGCUCCAGCUCAGCCCUGCGUGGCUUCUUGUCCUAGUAAAAUCUGUCAGAGAAAUCCGGAUAAUUUUAUAAAGGAUGCCAGAGGAAAUUCCUAUUUAAUCGAUUACAUGAAUUACGGAUCUUGGUACGACGGUUGUGGCAGAAACAUUUUAGCUCACAACUCAACAAUGUUAAGCUGGGCAGCUGCCAGGGAUAAGUGCUGUGACAUUGGCUUGACCCUGGCAUCGAUGGAAACGGCUGGAAAACUCAGUUGCUUUUCCAAAAUCACCACUAAGUACGCCCCUUACUCGUUUGGUGACUUCUGGCUGUCGGGAACUGACCUAAAUUGUCCAUCCAACUUCCGGUGGUGCUCAUUGGGCCGAGAUUUCGUCGAUUCUGAGCUGAAGUGGAAGACUGGACACCCAAAGGCAGAUCUGGACUGCGUUUAUCUCGAAGUUAGGAACAGAUCCUUGCUGCUGGCCUCCGCGAACUGUGCCGAAAAUAAAACUUUCCUUUGCGAAGUGCGGAAGAAAGCCACCGCCCAGAGAGCCAUGCAGACCGAAUGUGCAGAAAUUUGGGACAUCACUAGCGAUCAAAUUGACUUGCUUAUGAACGUCAGCGCUUUCCUUUCCGCAGAUAUCUCGUUCAAUUUGAAAUGCUUCUUGAAAUGUGUUGGGAUCGAAAUAGGAAUAUUUGACAUCGGAGCAUUGAACAGCAUUGCGACAUUGCGCCAAAUAGAGUUUGUGUCGCAAGAGGAGCCUGAAAAACUGGAGCACGGAUUUGUUGCCUACGACACCUGCAGCGGAAGAAAGUUUGACGACGAGUGCGUGACAGCCUACGAAACUUACAAAUGCGGCCUGCAAGAAGCGCCUGAUUUGGUCUCGAACAUCAUUUCGAACAAUUUUGACAACAAUUCGAUACUGAGCAGCCCGACUCCAUGUGUUCCGCUGCGCCGAACUUGUUGGCUCUCGGAUCGGUAUCCCUGCAUAAUAAACCAAACAGCUAUUGAUAGGCUGAACUCUGAUCCAAACAAACGAGAUGACCAAGGCAAAUGGGUAACUUUGUCAAACAAUAGGACUUAUUAUUUCGGAAAUCCUGAUGGUCUUAGAUUGGUCAACCCGGUGAAUGUGUAUAAACACUGUUGCGAGCUCGGACUGAAAUUCUUUGAGCCUGAAACUGUUGAGGAAAUUGAAUUGUUCUUGCAAUUUUCGUAUGCUGACACGUUCGUGGGCGAAACUGUGUCGGUGAACCAGACGCACGAGGCUUGGUGUCACAGCCGCGUUGUAUUGCCCGACAGCUUAUUCGCAAACGCCUCGCAAGAAAUAGCGUCAAGGUACGCGUGCUUUGGGUCCAUCGUCGGAAUGAGUGCGAAUUAUAAAAGAAUCAAAGCUUACACAUAUUUGCAAGAAAACUUCGUGGAAUACUACUACAACAAUCAGUCUUCCCCCAUGACCUUUUUUGCUACAUUCGUUUGUGUGAAACCUUAGGGCAGUGGAUUUUCGGACGCUAUUUGCGUUUCGUGGUUUGUUUCAAAUGGGAAGGA